UAUACUUUUUGAAUAAAUGAAUAAACACUCAUUAAUUCUAAGGCUUGGGUGUCCCAGGACAUGAAGAUUUAUUUUUAUAUCCCCUCUGGGGCUGCAGAUUGUAAACUUGGCUCAUUCUUCUCCUAGAUUUCCCUGUCUCCUUCCAGUCUCGGGCUCAGCUCUGCCGUUUACUCGCCAUGUGAAUCUUCACACGCACUCCCCACCAUGCAGCCAUCAACCAGGGCCAGGUGUGGAUAAACGAAAGCCUGCAUCUGUCAGGGCAGGUGUCUGGACUCGGGGUUCUUGAAGGAGACAGCUGGGGGCUAGUGUCCACACAUCAAGGUUCAGGGUGAAUUCAGGUUCCUCUUCUAGCUUGACUGGUAUGCCUGGAUCCCUAAUGGCCCAUGCUCAGUGAGGAUGCCCUCACCCACCACCAAAGAAGAUGCAACAAGGCCUACAGUGAGGAGGUCACUCCCUGAUGUCUGGCAGUCCUAUGUUCAAAUGAGCAUCAUGUGGCUUCUGAGCCGGUGGCAGGUGGACGUGGUGAGAGGGGACCUCUGAGACUACAGAGGAGAUAUCAGGGUACGGGGAUGGAUUCCGGGUCCCUGUGUCUUGGAACUAGGAGCUCAUUCAUCCUCUUUUCUGCCCCAGGUACCCCCUUGAGCAUCAGAAAGAAUAUGUCUCAGGCCCUGAGCCCAAAGCUGUGCUGAGACAAUUUCAAACAGAUCUGGACAACCUGGAAAGGGAAAUUGUGGCCCGAAAUGAGAAACUAGACCUUCCCUAUGACUAUCUGAAGCCCAGCUACAUAGAGAACAUAUCACUAUCUGAGCUCAAAUAUUCUGGUCCUCAAAGACCUUGGGCCAUCAUUACUAUGAACAUUUUCCUCCUGAGUCUUGUCUUUUCUUGGAUCUCAGUUGCUGUAUUUUUCUUUUCUUCUCUGAUUUUUCUACCUGAGUAUCUCAUUAGCCUGAGGCACUGUCCUUACCUUCAGGGACCCUAAGAGAAUGAUCUGCACGUUGCAAUCACAUUCCUUAGAGAAAUCACUCAUAUACUCCUGUAGCUUUCCCUUGGCCCUGGAAAUUUACCUACUCCAUUCAUCAUGUAAUGUUUAGGAGUGAUUAUCUAUAUGGCAUGUUAUAGAGGUACAAUUUCAUUUCUUUCUAUCUGGAUAAUCAGUUAUGCCAGCACAGUUUAUGGAAGAACUCAUUCUUUCCCACUAAUCUGCAAUGCUGAUGUUAAUCAAAUUCCUAUAUACAAAUGUUACUAUUGGAACUGUCCGUUCGGCUCCAUUCAUCAGUUUUUCCUUCCCUGCAUCACAAUGAUGUAAGUACUAUGGCUUUAUACCUAACACAGCCUACUAUUUGAUGAGACAUACUUAUCCAAUUUGUUCUUUCCAGGUGCUUUGGCUUUUCUUAAACAUAUAAAUAUUACAAUUCUUUUGUUAAGUUUCAGAAAUAACACAUGAUGUGAUUUUGAUUGGAAUCACAUUGUAUGUAUAGAAAUUUUAAUACAAAAUUUUUGCAUUACAAAAAUGUCAACUUCAGCCAAGUUUGCAUUUUUGAGAUAUAUCCAAGUGGGUCCUUUUAUGCAUUGUGAUUCCAUUUGUUUUUUGUUUGUUUGUUUGUUUGCCUGUAUUGCAUCUGGGUUCCUGGGUAAGAUUGGCCUAUGAAGGGUUGUAGACUUGUAGAGAGGCAAUAUCAGGAACUCUGCUAAAAUGAGUUCAUUAAAAUAAUAGUGAAGAACAAAAUGCAGAAUUCUGUCACUAGAGACUCAAAUGCAUUUGCUGAAAUCAUGUACAGUUGGGCCUCCACAUCCCUGGAUUCAACCUAUCAUGGAUGGAAAAUAUUUUUUAAAAUAAUGGUUGCAUCUGUGCUGAACACAUAAGACCAUUUUUUCUUGUCAUUGGUCCCUAACAAUGCAGUUUAACAAUUCCUGGCAUGCCUUGUUUUAUUGUGCUGUGAUCUCUUGUGCUUUCCAGAUAUUAAAAACACAAUUUGCAAAUUGAUAGUGUGGCAACCCUGCCUCGAGCAAGUUCAUCAACGCCAUUUUUCCAACAGCAUGUGCUCCGUGCCUCUGAGUCACAUUUUGGAUAUUCUUACAAUGUUUCAGACAUUUUCGUUGUAGUUCUAUCUGUUAUGGUGAUCUGUGGUUGAUGACCUUUGAUGUUACAGUUGUCACUGCUUUGAAGCUCCAUGAACUGUGCCCAUCUAAGAUGGCAAACUUCAUUGAUAAAUGUUGUAUGUCUGAUUGCUCCUCCAACCAGCCAUUCCCCCAUCUCUCCUAUUUUCCUUGGCCCUCUCUCUUCCCUGAGACACAGCAAUAUUGAAAUCUGGUCACUUAAUAACCUUGCAGUGGCCACUCAGUGUUCAAGUGAAAGGAAGAGUUGCACGUACCUCACUUUAAAUCAAAAGCUAGAAAUGACUAAGGAUAGUGAGGAAGGCAUGUCUAUAGCCGAGAUAGGCCAAAAGUUGGGCCCCUUGUACCAGGUAGCUAAGUUGUGAAUGUAAAGGAAAAGCUCUUGAAGGAAAUUACAAAUGCUACCCUAGUGAACCCAUAAAUGACAAGAAAGUGAAACAACCUUAUUGCUAAUAAUGGAGGACGUUUGAGUGGACGUUUGAGUGUCCUAGAUAGAAGAUUAACCAAUCCACAACAUUUCCUUAAGACAAAGCCUAAUCCAGAGCAAGACCCUACCUCUAUUCAAUUCUAUGAAGACGGAGAGAGGUGAGGAAGCUUCAGAAGAAAAGUCUAAAGCUAGCAGAGGUUGGUUCAUGGGGUUUAAGGAAAGAAGCUGUCUCCAUAACAUAAAAGUGCAAGGUGAAGCAGCAAGUGCUGCUGCAGAAGCUGCUGCAACUUAUCCAGAUGAUCUAGCUAGGAUCACUGAUGAAGGUGGCACUACACUAAGCAAGAGAUUUUUAUGUAAACCAAACAGCCUUCUACUGGGAGAAGCUGCCAUCUAGGAUUCCCACAGCUGGAUAGGAGAAGUCAAGGCCUGGCUUCAGAGCUUCAAAGAACAAGCUGACCCUCGUUUCAGGAGUGCACGCAGCUGGUGACUACAGUUGGAAUCCAGUGCUCACUUACCAUUCCAAAACUACCAGGGCCCUUAGGAAUGAAGCUGAAUCUACUCUGCCUGUGCUGUUUGAGUGCAACAACAAAGCCUGGAUGACAGCACUUCUGUUAACAGCAUGGUUUGCAGAAUAGUUUAAACUCACUGUUGGGACCCACUGCUUGGAAAAUGUAGAUAUACCUUUCAAAAUAUUCCUGCUCAUUGAUAAUCCACCUGGUUACACAAGAAGUCUGAUAAAGGUACACAAGGAGGCUGAUACUGCCAUAGAUAGUGAUUUCUCUGAUGGAUCUGAGCAAAGUAAAUUGAAAUCUUCUGGAAAGAAGACAACAUUCUAGAUGGCAUUCAUAUCGUUCAGGAUUGGUAGGAAGAGGUCAGAAUAUCAACAUUAACAGUAGUUUGGAAGAAGUUGAUUCCAGCUCUCAUGGAUGACGAGGGAUUCAAGACAUCAGUGGAAGAAGCAACUGCAUAUGUGAUGGAAAUAGCAAGAGAACUAGAAUUAGAGGUGGAGCCUGAAGAUGUGACUGUACUGCUGCAAUCUCAUGAGAAAACUGGAACUGAUGAGGAGUUGCUUCUUACAGAUGAGCAAAGAAAGUGGUUUCUUGAGAUAGAAACUAGUUGUGGUGAAGACGCUGUGAACACUGUCCAAAUGAUAACCAUAGAUUUAGAAUAUUACAUGAACUUAGUUGAUAAAGCAGUGGCAGGGUUUGGGAGGAUUGACUCCACUUUUGAAAGAUGUUCUACUGUAGGAAAAAUGCUGUCAAAUAGCUUCACAUGCUGCAGGGAAAUCUUUCUUCAAAGGAAGAGUCAAUGGAUGCAGCAGACUUCAUUGUUGUUUUAAGAAAUUGCCACAGCACACAUCCACCUUCAGCAGUCAUCAUUCUGACCUGUCAACAGCCAUAAACAUUGAGGCAAGACUCUCUACCAACAAAAAGAUUACAACUCGCUGAAACAAUUUUUAGCGUUUUUAGCAAUAUUGUUUUAAAUUCCGGCUUUUAUUUUAGAUAUAGGGGGGUACGGGUGUAGGAUUGUCACAUGGGUAUAUUGGAUCCAGGUAGUGAGCCUAGUACCCAGUAGAUAGUUUUUCAUCCUGUACCCUCCCCCUUCCAGUAGUCUGCACUGUCCAAUUUUCCCAUGUUUUUGACCACAUGUGCUCAGUGUUUAGCUCCCACUCUCCCACUUGAGAACAUGUGGUAUUUAGUAUUAUGUUCUUGUCUUAAUUCACUUAGGAUUAUGGCCUCCAGCUGCAUCCAUGUUGCUGCAAAGGACAUGACUUCAUUCUUUUCUGUGGUGGUGUAGUAUUCCAUAGUAUAUGUACCACAUUUUUCUUAUCUACUCAAUCAUUGAUAGACACCUAGGUUGGUUCCAUGUCUUCCUCAUAGUGAAUAGUUUGGCGAUGAACAUAUGAGUGCAUGCAUCUUUUUGGUAUAAUGAUCUGUAUUCCUUUGGUUAUAUACCCAGUAAUAGUAUUUCUGGGUGAAAUGUUAGCUCUGUUUUAAGUUCUUUGAGAAAACUCCAAACUGCUUUCCACAGUGGCUGAACUAAUUUACAUUCCCACCAGCAGUGUGUAAGCAUUGCCUUUGCUCCAUAGUUUCACCAGUGCCUGUUGUUUUUUGGCUUUUUAAUAGUAGCCAUUCUGUCUAGUGUGAAAUGGUAUCUCAUGUGGUUUGAUUUGCAUUUGUCUAAUGAUUAGUGAUGAUGAGCAUUUUUUCAUAUCCUUGUUGUCCACUUGUAUGUCUUCUUUAGAGAAGUGUCUUUUCAUGUCUUUUGCCCAUUUCGUAGUGGGGUUGUUUGGGGUUUUUAUUGCUUGCUGAUUUGUUCAAGUUUUUUAUAGAUUUGGAUGUUAGGCCUUUGUUGGGUGCCUAGCUUGUGAAGAUUUUCUCCCAUGGUGUAGGCUGUCUGUUUACUCUGUUGAUGGUUUCUUUCGGUGUGCAGAAACUUUAUUAUAGAUAUAAAGUGUAUAAAAUUUAUAAUCAAUAAAUAUACAUUUGCUGAUUCAAUAAGUCAAUCACAUUUAUUGAUUUACAACAUAAUUUACUUAGGUCCCACUUGUCACUUUAUUUUUGUUGCAAUUGCUUUUGGAGACUUAGCCAAAAAUUCUUUGGCAAGGCUGAUGUAGAGAAGGAUAUUUCCUAGGUUUUCUUCUAGGAUUUUUAUAGUUUGAGGUCUUAUAUUUAAAUCCAUGGUAGGAUAGCACCUCCCUGUCCCUUUGAAGUGAACCAUGUUACCUGCUGUGAGCAGUGAAGUGGAGCAGAAGUCACAGGUGCCAUUUCUGGGCAGAAGCUUUGAAGGGACCGUGGUGAGUCACCCCAUCAUUUCUUCUGCCUCAGCAGUUUUGGAGGCACAGAAGUCGGGUGUUAGGGGCUGAAUUGUGUCCCCCACCCCCAAGUUGAUAUGUUGAAGUCCUAACCCCAAGUGCCUCAGAAUGGGAUUGUGUUUGGAGAUAGGGCUUUUAAAGGUGUAAUUAAGGGGAAACGAGGUCAUAUGGGUGAGCCCUCAUCCAGUCUGUCUGGUGUCCUUAUAAGGAGAGGAGAUGAGGACACAGACACAGACCAAAGACCACAUGGAGACACAGACAAGAGGGUGGCCACUUAUAAGCCAAGGAGCCAGGCCUUAGAAGAAACCAAUUCUGCUGAUACCUUAGUCUUGGACUUCUGGGACCCAGAACUGUGAGAAAAAAUAUUUCUGUUAUUUAAGACCUCCAUCUGUGGUAUAUUGUUACUGUAGCCCUAGCAAACUCAUAUUGAUUUUUGAUACCAGGAAGUGGAAUGCUGCUCUAAAAAAUAUGCAAAAAUGGGGAAGUGGAUAAUGAGUAGAGGCUGGAAGAGUUUGGAGGUGCAUGCUGCAAAGGCCUAGAUGGUCUUUUUUAUAUGUUUAAUUGUUGGUCAAAAAUAUUUUAGUUGUUUUUCAAAGAGUUCUGGGAAAAUAAUUACUUAAGGAAAAGAAAUAGCAUUGCUUACAGGUGGGUUUGAAUACUAGCCCUGUAGCUUUGCUGAGAAAUUGAGAAAUUCUUCUUGGUUGGAGUCCUGAAUUACAUUAAAUGGAGGGAUAGGGUUAAGGUGUUUAUUUUGUGUUUUUUGCUUUCAGCUUGGUGUUUUUGGUUGUUGUUGUUGCCCCAAGUGAGUCCAAAACCCAACAGAGAAAAGAACAUUAAAUCUUAAAACUUGAGAACCUUCUUUGACUCCAUGGCCCAUGUUCCAGAUAUACUAGGAUGUGGUUGGGCGGCCCAAGGCUUCAGGUGGCCCUUCCCCCAUGGCUUUGCUGGGUGCAGCCCAGGCAGCAGCUCUCACAUGUUGGAAUUUGAUGCCUGAGGCUCUCCCAGGGUGGACUUGCACACUGCUGGCUCUACCACCCUGGAAUCUUGGGGACAGCCUCCUCCCCACGGCUCUGCUGGGCAUUGCCCUAGUGGGGAUGUUCUGCGGUGUCCCUGCCCCUGUGGCACUUCUCUGCCUGACCCCAAGGCUCUCUGGGACAUACUCUGAAAUGCAGGUGGAGGCAGCCAUGUCCCACAGCUAUUGCACUCUGCACACCUGCAGAAUGAGCACCACGUGGAUACUCCAAAGAGUUUUCUGCCUGUGUCCUCUGGAGGGGUGAUAUCAUGUCCCCCACUCCACCAGGGUCCAUUGAGCAACACUUGGAGCAGCCAAGGAGCACCACAGCACAAUGUGGGAACCAGUGACUUCAGGGAGUGCUGAGCAGCAAGCCCCAAGGUCCUCAGGGCGCCCCAGGACCUUCCUUGGAAGCCAUACUGCCGUCAGUGCCCUGGCACCAUGGGCCUGUGAUGAGAGUGCAGCCUGAGCGAUCUACACAAUGCCUCAGGGUCGCUCUUCCAUCGUCCUGAGACUGGGGGCCACCAACAUGCCAGGAGACAGGCCUGGAACAGAACCUUCCUGCACAGCCUCAGAAGAAACCCACCCUGCUGACACUUUGAUCUUGGACUCAUGGCCUCCAGUACUGCGAGACAGUAAGAUUCUGUUGUUGAAGGUGCCCAGUCUGUGGUACUGUAAAACAGCCCUAGGAAACUAACAUAGCCUGUUAGCCCACAGGGUGAAGAGAUGGAAUUCACAAUGGAGCUCCAGGCUUACUGUCUACAGCUCCCAAAGUGUGCUAUGGGACCCUUGGGUGGGUGUAGGUAUGCAAGAUAAUUUUGGGUGGUGCAGAGUGAAUAAUGUCAACUUACAUAAUGGAUUUAUCUUACUGGAUAAAUCAGGGGUUCCCUCCUGUUGGGAACCAGGCUGCACAGCAGGAGGUGAGCAGCCAGCCAGUGAGCAAAGCUUCAUCUGUAGAAACAGCCGCUCCCCAUCCCUCACAUUACUACAUGAGCUCUGCCUCCUGUCAGAUGAGUGGUGCCAUUAGAUUCUCAUAGGAGCCUGAACCCUACUGUGAACUGCACAUGCCAGGGAUCUAGGUUGUGUGCUCCUUAUGAAAUCUAAUGCCUGAUGAUCUGUCACUGUCUCCCAUCACCCCCAGAUGGGACCAUCUAGUUGCAGGAAAACAAGCUCAGUGUUCCUACUUAUUCUACAUUAUGGUGAGUGGUAUAAUUAUUUCAUUAUAUAUUACAGUGAAAUAAUAAUAGAAAUAAAGCACACAAUAAAUGUAAUGGGCUUGAAUCAUCUCCGCAUCAUCCUUUCCCCUUCUCCUGGGUCCGUGGAUAAGUCUUCUGUGAAACUGGUCUCUGGGACCAAAAAGGUUGGGGACCACCGGUAUAAAUGCUUCUAAGAAUAGUUAAGCAAAUUAAGGUUUACAUGCUGCUAAAAAUAUGGGUUUCAAUGCUAAGAAAAAUGGAUGCACAUGAAAACACUCUCUUGCUGUGGUCCAGGGAAUCUAAACCAUUCUAACAGAGAAACGUGCAGCUUGGAGCUGGAGCUGCCCUCCUACAUCCUGUCCACCUCAUAGCCCUGCACCACACACACAUGCACACAUGCAUACAGACAUGUACACAUGCAUACGCACAUGCACAUGCACGCACACAAAUGCACACAUGCACAUAUAUACACGUGCAUAUACCUGCACGCACACACACUCACACAGACACACACACUCACUGUGCUUCAUGCCCUGACUAAGGUGGCCUGGGAGGGAAUGCAUGUUUUUAAGGGGAAUGAAGACGACUCAGGCCCCUCGUUCUCCUGGUGUUUGCACCAGUGUCUUCUCUGCAGACCAUGCUUCAGUCUCUUUCUUGGCUCUCUUUCUUAGUGAAAGCAAGAAGCAGAGCCCCUGUGUGUACCUGGCUGCUUAGGGUGCAAGCCAAGUUCACAAGCUUCCCGGGGAGCCUGGUGAGAAGAAGGCACCGCAGAGCCUCCCCAAAAGAGGCGUCAACUUUUGGUGGAUCCUUGAGCCUAGGAAAAUGAUAGAUGGGACAUCACAAUUCAUCAGAAGACACAAACAAAAUCCACUAAGGAAGAGCAGUGGUCAAAGGUUUUAUUCUCUCAGAGAAGGGGUUCUCGGGGGCUGUAAGCAGCAGGCAGAAGACUUUAUUGCAUGUGUGAUUAGGUGAUGGCGACCUACAGUUUUCACUGGGAACUGGGAUCAAGAGUGACCCGACCUCCUCCGCAGCCCCUAGGGAUGAGUCAGCUGCCUCCUCUGCAUGCAGACAAACCUUGGCUCUCAUUUAUGGCCCACCGCAAGCCAGCCACACCCCUGCCUCACCCGUAUAACCACCUCCUCCUGACUUUCGCCCUGACAGCGCUGCUUCCUGGUAACCUUCCCCUCCCACCACGGUCCAGGCAAGCCCAAAGGCCAGCGCCCUCCACCCACCCUUCCUGGGCGCCACUCUGCUGUCUGCUUACCCAGGUGUCUUAACCUGGCUUUACCAAGAUGGAACAGACAACAGGGAUGAGCCCCCAGCCUCUCCCAGGAAGGUCUGGCAAAAUGCUCUCCAUUUAGAAGCAGGGGCAGUGACGGGGCCUAGGGAUGACCCCAGGCUUGUCACCCAAGCAGUAAGAAGGGCAAGGAGCCCAGUUUCAUGCCCUUACCCUGGGAGGAUGUGGCCAGGGCUCCACAAGUCCCUCGGGGGUAGGGGGGCGCACAGGAGAGCAGAUCCACCCUCCUUUUGGGGAAGUAGCCACCACCCCCAGCAAGCAGCAGAUGGGGGUGCACUGGCAGAGACCCCGCAUGCUGUAGAGCAGGGCCAGCAGAUUUGCACUCAGCCUCAGACCCAGGGGAGCUGCAAGACAGACUGAGACUCUCACAGGUUUGGCUCUGUGUCCCCACUCAAAUCUCAUCUGGAAUUGUAAUCCUCCUGUGUCAAGGGGGGAACCUGGUGGGAGGGGAUUGGAUUUGGGGACAGUUUCCUCCCAUGCUGCUCCCCUGAUAGUGAGUGAAUUCUCAGGAAGGCUGAUGGUUUUAAAGUGUGGCACUUCCUUGUUCUCCACUUACCCCCUCCUGCCGCCUUGUGAAGAAGGUGCCUGCUUCCCCUUCACCUUCCGCCAUGAUUGUUAAGUUUCCUGAACUGCGAGUCAGUUAAACCUCUUUCCUUUAUAAAUUACCCAGCCUCAGGUAUUUCUUUAUAGCAGUGUGAAAACAAACUAAUACAGACCCCUUCCCUGAAGUGCCUUCUCCUUAGGCCACCAGCUGCCCCCAUGCUCCUCCUCUGCCCCCUGGUCUUUCUUUUCCCUUCAUGAGGCCCAAGUGAUCCACAUGGCCAGCUCCACCCCCAUCCUACUGCAGGCCUGUGUGGCUGCUGGAGAGGCUGGGCUCCUUUCCUCACCCCGGAGUGUAUACACUGCAGGCAGGCAUGUUGACGCCUCAGGCAAUGGAUACUGACUCUGGGCCCUGCUGACCCGGGCAAGGCCCCAUUGUGAUGCGUGCCAUGACCUCAGACUGUCACUGGUGCUUAGCACCUGCUGCUCCCUGGCCUGCCUCUGUGUUCUACAGCAGCUACACACAGGCAGUGGUAUCUGUGAGUGGCUCAGUGGACUCAAAGGUUUUCUCCCUGAGAGGCAUAACCCAGGCCAGCUGAUUCAUCAGAAUCAGGUGAGUGUGACCUGCUCUCUUCCCUCCAGGCUGACUUGGGAACAGUGGCUACCGAGUGGGCGGUGUUGGCCGCUGGGCACCUGCUGAAGAGGGUCAUCCCUGAGCACUCACCAGGCGCCCGUUCUACGCUGCCCGUGUAGACAAUUGUCUCUUUCAUCCUCAUGGUGCCUCCACAGGGAUGGACAUGGUAGAGGACACAGAUACUUUGGAGGAGUGAGAGGACAUCACUAUGAAGUAUGAGAAGGGACACCGAGCUGGGCUGCCAGAGGACAUGGGGCCUGUGCCUGUUGGAAUCUACGGCAACAUUGAUCGCUUUGGGAUUCUGCAUGAGACGAGGCUGCCCCCUGUCAGCUCCCGGGAGGCGGAGCUGAUGAAGCGAGUGUAUAAGGGCAUUCCCAUGAACAUCCAGGCCGAGGUGUGGUCAGUCCUCCUGAACAUUCAGGAAAUCAAGGCGAAAAACCCCAGACAAUACCGGGUCAUGAAGGAGAAGGGCAAGAGGUCAUCUGAGCACAUCCACCAGAUCGACCUGGCCGUGAGCCAGACACUAAGGAACCACAUGUUCUUCAGGGAUCGAUAUGGAACCAAGCAGCGGGAACUAUUCUAUAUCCUCCUGGCAUAUUCGGAGUAUAACCCGGAGGUGGGCUACUGCAGGGACCUCAGCCACAUCGCCACCUUGUUCCUCCUUUAUCUGCCUGAGGAGGAUGCAUUCUGGGCACUGGUGCAGCUGCUGGCCAGUGAGAGGCACUUCCUGCCGGGAUUCCAUAGCCCAAAUGGUGGGACAGUCCAGGGGCUCCAAGACCAUCAGGAGCAUAUGGUAUCCACGUCACAACCCAAGAUCAUGUGUCAUCUGGACAAGGAAGGUCUAUGGGCGCAGGGUUCCUCGUUUGGCGGGCUUCUCCAGAUGUUGAAUGACGGGAUCUUUCUCGGGCUCAUUCUGCGCCUGUGGGACGUGUAUUUGCUGGAAGGAAAACAGGUGUUGAUGGCGAUAACAAGCAUUGCCUUUAAGGUUCAGAGGAAGCCCCACAUGAAGACGUCCAGUUCUGGCCUGUGGACACGUUUUUGGGACCAGUUCUUCCGUACCUGGGCCCUUAAUGAUGAUGAAGUUUUUUUGAAACAUCUUCGGGCCUCUAUGAAGAAGCUAACUAGGAAGCAUGAGGACCUGCCACCCCCAGCCAAACCCAAGCAAGGGUCCUCAACACCCAGGCCUGUGCCAGCUUCACGUGGCAGGAAGACCCUUUGCGAGGGGAACAGGCAGGCCCCUCCCAGCCCACUAGCCUGGUUCCAGCGGGGCAUUUGGUCAGCUUUCCUGCUACGGGCACCUGGUCCUUCCACAUCCUGUCCUGGUGGGGCUGUCCGUGAAGACACCUACCCUGUGGGCACUCAGGGUGUGCCCAGCCUGGCCCUGGCUCAGGGAGGACCUCGGCAUUCCUGGAGAUUCCUGCAGUGGAACUCAAUGCCCCAGCUCCCGACAGACCUGGAUGUGGGGGACUCUUGGUUCCCCCAUUAUGAUUUCAGACAGAGCUGCUAGUUGUGUGUCCCUUCUGAAUGUGUGCAGCUCGAAAGACAUUCACACAUGGAACACACCAGCCCCCAGAUCACAAAACCAACCAUGCCCAGCCCCUCCCAGCACCCCCAGCCCCGCGACCAGUGUUCUGAAUUCUGAUGACACCCUGAGCCUGCCUUUGUACUUUAUACUCAUGGAAGGAUAACCACCUUCAUGUUUUAAAAUAAAUGUUUACUGU